CAUAGCAAGUCAAUAAAAAGUAAAUACUGAUAGUCUGACAUGUGGGUGCGGACACAUUUUCUACCUUGCAUUGUGUCCUAGUAGCCGGAUAAAAUGUCGCACACUAUCCGCCGGUCAGAUAAGAAGCUCAAGUCUGUGGUGGAAGCUGCAUUCAAGAAGAAUGACCGGACAUCUCCGUCCACUUCAGCACUUUCUUCAGGAUAUAACUCCGUUUCUUCUGUGCCGUCGUUAAAAGAAGAAAUGGGAUAUCAAUCUGAAGACGACGACGAUAUAAAAGAAGAUUUAGUCCCUUCCGGUAUCAUGCGUAAGCCGUCUAUUGUAUUGGUGCCAGAAACCGGAGAUGACGAUCUAAAUGGAGAGAGUCAUGACUUUGAGGCAACUCAUGAUGAUGACGAUAACAGAACCAAAGGGAUUCCGGCGUAUGAUGCAUUUGGAGAGACAAAACGACGAGGUGCCAAAUCCUACAAUAUUGAGCAGAAGUUCUUGAAAGUUUGUCGAUUGAUGAUGUACAUGGUCAUGUUUUCUGUUGUCCUGGGUGGAGGUGUUUAUAUAAAACUUAGUGGUAUCUCUCUCGCUUCUUCCUACAGGCAGAGUGAUGGGAAGGAUCGAACUCGGCAUGCCUUGUAUCUAGUGACAUUGGUGUGUGUUUAUCCUGGUUUCACCAUGCUUUCUUCCUUGUUCAAAGUUAUUUUUGGAAAAGUGAAGUCUUUAUCAAAAAGAUUUAUCGCUUUCUUAAUGGUUAUAGAAGUUCUGCGGACGAUCGGCCUUCUGCUUUUUCUAUUCAAGGUUAUCCCAUAUCUGUCUGGUAUAAACAUGUUAUACGUGAUGAUGUCAGCGCCUGUAUUCCCUGCCGUCCUGUCUCUUCUCAACACCCUGAUCUACUCUAGACAAAGCAGCAAACGACGCAUCAUAUCUCUCAGUUUCUAUGGAUUCAUAUUUCUUAUCCAAGCUGGAAGCCUUUCGAUAUUCUAUUUUCUCGGGGUUCUAAAAGAACCGAUACAAAAUGAAGCCAUUUGGGUGGCACCUAUAUCAGUUGUAUUAAUCUCUCUCGGUUGGUGGGAAAAUUUUGUUGAUUUUAAACGCAGCAAAUAUUUAGUGUUUCAAAAAUUCGGAAGAGAUUUACAGAAGCCACGUGAUAAAGCCCAUCUCUGGACGGUAUCCUGUAGAUUGUCGAUUGUGGGUAUUUGUGUGUUAUUGGCAGUUUAUCAGCCAAACUCCUAUUUUGGUGUAAGCAAUUGCAAUUAUAAACAUUUGUCGAAUGAUACAGCUACUACUGUAAGAGAAACGACAGAGUCAUUGCUAACUAUCAGCAGUGCUCCCAAUGAAACAGGACAAAGCACCAUAGAGUAUAUCAGAUUUCUUGACAACGGUACAACUGGCAGUGUAAAAGAUGAUUUUUCCUCUCAUAUACAGACUACAUAUCGAACUUCAAAUACUAAAACAGACUCCUCAUACAAUUGGUUCGCUACACAGUAUGAAAAUAUUAAAGGUUUCAUAACUGAUCAUGCUAUAGUCCUACAAAUAAUAGCGCUUACAUUUGUCGUUAGUUAUUGCGCAAUACUAGCUUGUAAGCUGCACAUGCAGAUUAUUGGAUUCUCCAUAGCGACGUUAUUGAUAAGCCCGAUUACCUUGACAUACACACUUUUGAAAUGCGGUAACCAACUUACUUUUGACGUGAUUCCAUUGGAAUUGACGUAUCUAUGUCCGUCAUGGGAGUUGACAUCAGCAAUUCAUAUCUGUUUGGCUGCUUUGCUUUGGAUUAGCACAAUUAUGUUAACUAUUUAUGUGUGGUUUCCACAUUCAGAGAGAAUGGCCAAAGUCGAAAGAAUGUUUCUACCAGAACUAAAGGAUUGUAUUUUUGUUGAUUUCAACUUAUUGUUAAGGCAUAGAAAACACCAUAAACAGUUCCAUAGAAAAGAUGGAGAAGGCACAGAGAGAGUUGUCCCAAAAGUGUAUAUCUGUGCAACAAUGUGGCAUGAAAACUGGAAAGAGAUGGUACAGCUUCUAAAAUCAUUACUAAGAAUUGACCGGCAUUGCGCGGUAAGCAGAGCAGCUGAGAGAAAGUUUAACAUUACCACUGAAGAUCCAGACAAGUUCGAGCCAGAAAUUCAUAUAAUUUUCGAUGACGCUUUUACUGUAGAAGAGGACAGUAAGCAGCAUGUACCAAAUAAAUAUGUUCUCCAGUUUAUAACAUGCUUGGACGAGGCAGCAUCAGCUAUUCUCGGAUCAGGAGCUAAGAAUGAAUGGGAUUCCUCGCCAGUUAAAUCAGUUUUACCAUACGGCGGACGACUCACGUGGUCUUUACCCGGCACAACUAAAAUGAUAGUUCAUUUAAAAAAUAAGCUGAAAAUAAGACAUAGAAAAAGAUGGUCUCAGGUAAUGUAUUUAUACUACCUUCUGGGGUACGAGACAUUCCAUUUCAAAUCUAGAGAUGAAAUUAUACUAGAGAGUAACAAUAAAGGCAAAGCAGAUAAUACAGAUGGUGCUCCUAAGUCUUUCAGAAAUGUAAUGCCUGACAGGUACAAAACGAAGCUUGAAAACACAUUCAUCCUGACACUGGACGGCGAUGUAGACUUCAAACCAAAGUCCGUACUACUGCUCAUAGACAGAAUGAAAAAGAACGCAAAGGUCGGUGCUGUGUGUGGUCGUAUCCAUCCAAUAGGUUCAGGACCGUUGGUGUGGUAUCAAAAGUUUGAGUAUGCCAUAGGCCAUUGGUUGCAAAAAGCUGCUGAACACGUACUUGGAUGUGUAUUAUGUUGCCCCGGAUGCUUUUCAAUGUUUCGCGCAAGCGCAUUGAUAGAUGAUAAUGUUGUUAAAACUUAUACGAGGAAACCAACCGAAGCGCUUCAUUACAUUCAGUUUGAACAAGGCGAAGACAGAUGGCUAUGUACGUUGCUUCUACAACAAGGCUAUAAAGUAGAUUACUGUGCUGGGGCAGAUGCUUAUACAUACGCACCAGAAACAUUCGAUGAAUUCUUCAUACAAAGACGUCGAUGGUCUCCAUCGACAAAUGCAAACAUAAUCGAUCUAUUAAAGUCUUGGAACCAUACAGUACAACAAAAUGCGAAUAUAAGCCGCUUAUUCAUGGCUUACCAGUUCAUGAUGCUUGCGACAAGUUUACUUGCACCAGCAACAGUGUCUCUUAUGAUCACUGGAUCAUAUAGUUCGGUACUGGGAUUCGAUUCCUGGACUUCUUAUAUGCUUUCAAUUUCUCCAAUUGUCAUAUUUAUUGUUAUGUGCUUGAAAUGCAAGCAAGAGACACAGCUGUUCUUUGCAGCAAUCUUCAGCUCUAUUUACACCAUUGUCAUGAUUAUUGUAACAAUUGGUACUAUUCUAAACAUUACCUCGGAGAGUGUCAUAUCCCCUAAUGUUUUAUUCCUGGUUGGGCUCGUAGUUAUAUUUACAUUAUCAGCGCUAUGGCACCCGAAAGAAUUCAGUUGUUUACUCCAUGGCUUGUUGUAUUACGUUGCAGUUCCUUCCACAUUCAUUUUUCUUACAAUUUACUAUAUUUGCAACUUAAAUAUCGUAACGUGGGGUACACGAGAAGACAAACAAGCAAACACACAAAAGAAACCUGAAAAGAAAAAGAAAUUGGACAGAGUGUUAUCUGCCUUUAAGUCGGUAUUAAACAAACGAUCAAGAAAUAACAAGUCAGAUCACCAAGUGAAAAGUUUACAAGAAGAAUUAAAUGAAAUAAACAUUGACCAGCCAGGUCCUGAGAACGAAAACAUUGACACGUUUACUGAAGAUAAAAGCUACUGGAUGAGUUCAGAAGAGUUCAAGAAGUAUAAGACUGAGAACGACAGUCAGACGGAGGAGAAAUUUUGGACCAAGCUUAUACACAAGUACUUAUUGCCAAUAGAAGGCAAUAAACAACAUGAACAGAAGAUAAAAUCUGACCUAUUGUCACUUCGUAAUAACAUCGUGUUUGCUUUCUUUAUGAUAAAUUUCAUGUUCUCCAUAGCAUUACUACAGCUGCAGGUAAACAGGGAAAAGCUGAUCAAGUUUUAUUUCUUCGGACAGUACGAACCGGUUUCAAUUAUAUUCUUGUCACUCUUUUCUAUUUUGCUUGUUCUACAGUUCGUGUCUAUGAUAAUUCAUCGUUGGGGAACAUUUCAACAUUUAAUUUCAAGCACCCGUAUACUGUCCUGUAGGCGAUUGUCUAGUAAGGAAAUGUUUGAAAUCAAUUUUCAGGAAGCGAAGGACCAUAUAGAUCAACCGGAUACACAAUUUGACAGCACACCUGAUGUUUGCGAACUUGCAAGUAUUGACAAUCAGCAUUCCGGUGAAAUUGGGGAAAACGAACGACGGAGACGAAAGAGUUUGUACGAAAAAAGGUUCAAUGAAAACUUUGAAAAAACUCUUAGAUUUAAAUCUAGGUCUAGGCAACGGCUACAGGAUGUCAACUGGAAAUUUACAGUAUCCAGAAAUCCAAGAAAAGAGUACAUUUCAAAACUGUAUCAAAAUGCUAACGUUCAUUGAGAUGAUUGCUUAUUUUCGACUUUUAAGAACAGAACAAAAUUGUAUUCUGUAUGAAUCUAUAUGAAGGCUUACAAAGUGUUCAACAUUAUCAUUGAAUUAAGAAUAUACAAUUUACGCAGGUCACGAGUCACGAACUUUGCGCAUGAUUAAGAAAUGAAUGUUUCACCACAUUAUCUUUAUUCAUUUUAUUCAAAUUUGUUUACUAAAAACUUCUAUAGCUGUAAUGUCAGUUUCACUGUCAAAUUAACACAUUUAUAAAUAAAAAGACUAUUUAUUGUU